GAUCCAGAGGGUGCCACCCUUCUGCAGAAAGCGACACACAGCGGCCGCAUCACGGUUCUCAAGUUGAUCAUCGAGAAAGGCGGAAACAUCAACGCCAAGGGCUCCUAUGGCUACACGCCUUUGCACGAAGCCUGCUACCUCGGGAACCCGGACGUUUGCGACCUUCUCUUGAACGCAAAGGCCAACGUAGAUGCUUUGAGCAAGAAUGGCUCCACGCCCCUCUUGGUAGCAUCGCGCGAAGGUCACACCCCUAUUUGCGACUCCUUGUUAAGGCACGGUGCAGAUGCAGAUGAUGGGGGUGACAAGGGCUGGACCCCACUGUCCGUGGCGGCUGGCGAGGGUCAUGCCGACGUUUGCGCGACACUUCUUAAGUACAAUGCCAAUGUGCAGGGCUUCUCCUUCGACGGCCGCUUCGAGAGGAGCGCCUUGCAGGAAGCAGCG